GUACGGGGGACCAUGUAUAUUGGAGAUUGAGACGCGCUCACCACUCGGAAUUACGCGACUGAAAGUGCGACUGCUAGUUUGAUCGAGACUGACCUAAUAUUUCCAUAUAACAUCAACUUCACUUCAAUCCCUCGCGCGAUUAGACAAGAGAGCAAGGAUGGCAAGUUCACCGGACGAUUGGUCGACCCAAUCAAAUGACGCCCUACACAUCUCACUUGUCCGCCCAGAAAACGGGGCCUCCAAAACCAUCAACACCUUCCAUCCGAAGUUCACAUAUCCCAUCUUCGGCGAAGAGGAGUCGAUUUUCGGAUACCAGAACCUGAAGAUUCACCUGAGAUACAACGCCUCCGAUAUGCGCCCCGGGGUGCUCAUCACAUACAGCAAACGCUUCAAGGCCGUCGGAGACGUCGAGCCAACCGAUCUAAAAGAACUCCUCUCAGACUUCUUGCCAGAAAAUGCGUUCCAGAAGUCUCCUGCGUUUGAUGCGGCCAUAAACGACCCAAACCUCAAGGACUUCACUCCGCCAGGAAAGCUGCUCAAGAGCCACGAGGAGGGUGAUGCAGCAUACGAAAUCUGGUAUGGAAACUCCGCGGAUCCUGCGAUCCAACAGCUUCUCCGCCGCCUGCAAAUACUCGUCGCCCUCUUUAUCGAAGGCGGCACCGCCAUCGACGAUGCGGAGUGGGGGUCAGGCCGUUGGACCGUAUUCCUGCUGUACAAGAAGGGCCCUGCUACGGGCGACGCAUCUCCAUACACCUUCAUGGGCUACUGCACCGUCUACAACUACUACCCGAUAAUCCCCAAGCUCCCGCUUGCCGCCCCAGGAACUCAGCGCAAAGCAAUCUCCCUCCCCGCCAACUCAGACACCGCAAUCCCCUUCCCAGACCAAUCUCUCUCCGACCUCCCCAUCCGCUCGCGCCUAAGCCAAUUCAUCAUCCUCCCCCCCUUCCAAGGCGGCGGCCACGGCGCCCGCCUCUACUCCACCGUCUUCGCACACUACCAAUCCGACCCGCAAACGGUCGAAAUCACCAUCGAAGACCCCAAUGAAGCCUUCGACGACCUCCGCGAUCUGAAUGACCUCAUCUACCUGCGCAGCCUUCCCGAGUUCCAAGCUCUGAAGAUCAACACCGCUGCGGAAGUGAGGAGUAAGGGACGAGUUCCCUCGGACGAGAUUCUCGAGCAAGCUCCCCUCAACGAGCUGCGCAAGAAAGUCAAGAUCGCACCGCGCCAAUUCCAGCGCCUCGUCGAAAUGCAAUUACUCUCCUCCAUCCCUCCUAGCAUCCGCAAAUCCGGCCAGCUAGAGCACCUCCCCCCGAACACCCUCGCGACGAAGAUGAAACAGCGUGAAUACCGACUCUGGGGUCUGCUGGUCAAGCAGAGGCUGUAUAAGCAUAACAAGGAUAGCUUGAUCCAGCUUGAGCACGGGGAAAGGAUUGAUAAGUUGGGGGAGGUGGCGGGGAGUGUGGAGGAAGAUUAUGCGCGGUUGUUGGGGAAGUUGGACGGUGGUGAGGAUGAGGUGAAGGAUGAGUUGUUGGGGGUGCCGGAGGCGAUUGAGUCGAGGGCUACGACGCCGGGGAAGAGGGCGGCGGAGGGGGAUGAGCUGGAUUUGUCGGUGAGGCAGAGUAAGAAGGUUAAGGUUGAGGAUGCGGAGGAGGAGUAGAUAAUGGACGGGGGGAUAGGGCAUGGAUGGAUGGUUUCGGGGAUAGCAUUGCAUACUUCAAGAUAGGCGUCGGAGCUGGGUUGCUACUGUUGAGCGUGUGAAUACGCAGAAUGAAAACUUAUGAACUAUGA